AUGUGGACUUCAACUUCAAGAAGAUCACUUGUGAAUACUUCAAGGUCUUUAAUAAGAUUCAAUUCAACGAAACCCACUAAUGAUAAUUCAAAAACUUCAACUCCAGAAUUUAAUUUAAGUGAUAUUUUUAAAAGAAUUGAUCAAGUUACAGUUAAAGCUAAUGAAAUAAAAAAACAAAAUCAAGAAAAAAGGAAAUUUCAAAGAGCUAAUAAACAUCAAAAUAAUCAACAACAAGAUCAAUCUAGACCUCCAAGAACUAAUUUUAAUAAUGGGUCUCAAUUUAAAUCAAAUCGGCUACAAAGUCAAUCACAAUCAUCAAAUCAACAAAACAAUAGACAAAGACAAACAUUUUCCAGACCGUUUCGUGGCUCCUCUGAUCAACAAGGACAAGGACAACAACAACAACAACAACAAUACUCAAAACCGUUUCGUCCACAAAGUCAAGAAGAUGGAACAACAAACUUUUUUCGUAACCAAUCAAAAAAUAGAACCAACAGAGAAUUUAAUAACGAUCAACAAUCAUCAUCAUCAUCAUCAUCAAACUCACAAUCAACAAAUUCAACCAAAUAUCAUCAAAAAAACGGUGAAUCAAAUAACUUCCAAUAUCAAAAACAAAACGACCAACAACAACAAAGACAAUUUGGUGAAAAAAACAGUUCAUUUGAAAGAUUUUCAACAACAUCUUAUACUCCAAAAUUAUUUGAGUCAAUUGGGACUAGAUUUCCAAAUAACGAAAGAAGAUACAACAAUGCUGGCAGAUCAAAACCAUGGCAAAAUCGUGGCCAAGAUUUUAGAAACAGCGAUAACAAAUCAGGAACAACAACAUCAGCGGGAUCAGGUCAAAAGUCGUUCAAAAGACCUGGUAGACAACAACUGAGAGGUCAACAACAAAAAUCUCAACCACCCAAAAAUACAAUUGCACAACCAAUUGAAUCAAAAGAAUUAAUUGCUGAUUCAUUAAAACCACAAUUAAAUGGUGAUAAAUUUUUUCAUGGCAAAAUACCAAGUAUAUUAUCAACAAUUGAUUCAAGAAUUGCUUCAAUAACAAAAUUAUCAUUAUUAGAUUCAAAAUAUCCUUUUAAUUUACCUAAAGACAUUAUAAAUCAAUCUUCGUCCGUCAAGAAUCAAAAUAAAUUUAUAUUACAAAAUAAUUGGAAUUUAAAUCCAAAUUCUGAAAUCUUGAAGGAAAGAAUUAAUAAAUUAGUUUAUGGAAAAAUUGAAUCAAUUAAUACUGAUGAUAAGUCACCAGAAAAUAAACAAUUAAUUCAUAAUAUUGAAAUUAAUCCUACAUUAUCUCAAAAUGAUAAACAAUCAAUGUAUAAUACUAUAACUGAUUUAAAUAAUAUUAAAUCGAUUUUUAAAGAUGCUCAUUGGAAACAAGUAAGUAAAUAA